AGUUCCAAAGGAGGAGACAAUCGCCUUUCGAGAUUGCAACUCGAACAUUUCCCCACUUGUGCGGGUGGGUGGUGUCACAGUAGUACUACAAUGAUCGAACGACCAGAAUCUGCAGUUGCCAGCAUUGCACAGAGGAAUCUGGAGGGGUAUGUGGGGUUCGCCAACCUCCCAAACCAGGUGUACAGGAAGUCAGUGAAGAGGGGCUUUGAGUUCACACUAAUGGUUGUUGGUGAGUCAGGAUUGGGGAAAUCCACGCUCAUCAACUCCCUCUUCCUGACUGACCUGUACUCCAAGGAUUACCCAGGGCCAUCCCUACGGAUCAAGAAGACUGUUCAGGUGGAGCAGUCCAAGGUUCUGGUGAAGGAAGGGGGUGUCCAACUCACUCUCACCAUCGUCGAUACACCAGGGUUCGGAGAUGCAGUGGAUAAUAGUAACUGCUGGCAGCCUGUCAUUAACUACAUUGACAGUAAGUGUGAGGACUUCCUGAAUGCGGAGUCCAGGGUGAACCGAAGACUGAUGCCAGACAACAGGGUUCACUGCUGCCUGUACUUCAUCGCCCCCUCUGGCCAUGGGCUAAAGCCCCUGGACAUUGAGUUUAUGAAGCGUCUCCAUGACAAGGUCAACGUGAUCCCUCUCAUCGCCAAGGCAGACACCCUGACACCUGAGGAAUGCCAGCUAUUCAAGAAACAGAUCAUGAAGGAAAUCCAAGAACACAAGAUCCAGAUCUACGAGUUUCCUGACAUAGAGGACGAUGAGGACAGCAAGCUUAUUCGGAAGAUCAAGGAGCGGAUGCCUCUGGCAGUGGUUGGCAGCAAUGUGGUGAUCGAAGUAAACGGCAAGAAGGUCAGAGGUCGUCAGUACCCCUGGGGCGUGGCAGAAGUGGAGAACGGGGAGCACUGUGACUUUACUGUCUUACGGAACAUGCUGAUCAGGACCCAUAUGCAAGAUCUGAAGGAUGUGACUAACAACGUCCACUAUGAGAACUACCGCAGCAGGAAGCUUGCUGCCGUCACCUGCAAUGGAGGAGUGGACACCAGCAAGACCAAGAACCAAAUGACCAGGAGCCCCCUUGCCCAGAUGGAGGAGGAGCGGAGGGAACAUGUCAUGAAGAUGAAGAAGAUGGAGACUGAGAUGGAGCAGGUGUUUGAGAUGAAAGUCAAGGAGAAGAAACAGAAACUGAAGGACUCUGAGGCCGAGCUGGAGCGACGCCACGAGCAGAUGAAAAAGAACUUGGAGGCUCAGUAUAAGGAACUGGAGGAGAAGAAGCGUCACCAUGAGGAAGAGAAGUCAAACUGGGAGGCACAGCAACGUAUACUGGAGCAGCAGAAACUUGACGCUUCUAAGACCAUGGAAAAGAACAAAAAGAAAGGAAAAAUAUUUUAAGAGUUGAACCUAUUCCUCCAAUGAAAUAUUACAAACUUGUUUUUACAUCCUUUUAGAUAGUCACACGAUCUGUAACCCGCAAACCACACCACACACACAUAUUGUACUAUAGUAGACAUUCCAUACCAACAUUCCAAAUGUAUGUUUCUCUUGCAGUACAUGUCAGACAUGGACCUCACACACCCCAAUUACUCACUCUCAUACAGUACAUACAACACACCCCAAUUACUCACUCUCAUACAGUACAUACAACACACCCCAAUUACUCACUCUCAUACAGUACAUACAACACACCCCAAUUACUCACUCUCAUACAGUACAUAUAACACACCCCAAUUACUCACUCUCAUACAGUACAUAUAACACACCCCAAUUACUCACUCUCAUACAGUACAUACAACACACCCCAAUUACUCACUCUCAUACAGUACAUACAACACACCCCAAUUACUCACUCUCAUACAGUACAUACAACACACCCCAAUUACUCACUCUCAUACAGUACAUACAACACACCCCAAUUACUCACUCUCAUACAGUACAUACAACACACCCCAAUUACUCACUCUCAUACAGUACAUACAACACACCCCAAUUACUCACUCUCGUACAGUACAUACAACACACCCCAAUUACUCACUCUCGUACAGUACAUACAACACACCCCAAUUACUCACUCUCGUACAGUACAUACAACGCACCCCAAUUACUCACUCUCAUACAGUACAUACAGCGCACCCCAAUUACUCACUCUCAUACAGUACAUACAGCGCACCCCAAUUACUCACUCUCAUACAGUACAUACAACGCACCCCAAUUACUCACUCUCAUACAGUACAUACAACGCACCCCAAUUACUCACUCUCAUACAGUACAUACAGCGCACCCCAAUUACUCACUCUCAUACAGUACAUACAGCGCACCCCAAUUACUCACUCUCAUACAGUACAUACAGCGCACCCCAAUUACUCACUCUCAUACAGUACAUACAGCGCACCCCAAUUACUCACUCUCAUACAGUACAUACAGCGCACCCCAAUUACUCACUCUCAUACAGUACAUACAGCGCACCCCAAUUACUCACUCUCAUACAGUACAUACAGCGCACCCCAAUUACUCACUCUCAUACAGUACAUACAGCGCACCCCAAUUACUCACUCUCAUACAGUACAUACAGCGCACCCCAAUUACUCACUCUCAUACAGUACAUACAGCGCACCCCAAUUACUCACUCUCAUACAGUACAUACAGCGCACCCCAAUUACUCACUCUCAUACAGUACAUACAGCGCACCCCAAUUACUCACUCUCAUACAGUACAUACAGCGCACCCCAAUUACUCACUCUCAUACAGUACAUACAGCGCACCCCAAUUACUCACUCUCAUACAGUACAUACAGCGCACCCCAAUUACUCACUCUCAUACAGUACAUACAGCGCACCCCAAUUACUCACUCUCAUACAGUACAUACAGCGCACCCCAAUUACUCACUCUCAUACAGUACAUACAGCGCACCCCAAUUACUCACUCUCAUACAGUACAUACAGCGCACCCCAAUUACUCACUCUCAUACAGUACAUACAACACACACACUGCCACAUCGCUCUCUUGGAGUCUCUGCCAAAACCUUAACCUUUUAUGUGGGAAUGCAUGUGAAUGUGAAAGUCAAUGCCUAUUCUUGACAUGGAGGAAAUUAUGUCCCUCUGAUCUGAGUUUUACACAUGGCAGGCACCAUGUAUAGUCAUCCUUUACACAAGUGUACUACAGACUGUUUUCUAGAUGCUGCUCUGGCCACUUAACUUGCCUGUUUCUUCCAGUAGAGGCAGCUCAAGUCUUAGACUAUUCUUAGACUAUUCGCAAGCACACUCCAUUGUGACAUGUGUAAACACAUAAUCAUAUACAGUCUGAAAUUCCCCGAACACCUGGUACAUGUGCAUGUUAAACACCACACUUGGGAGUGUGUGUCCAGGGGGGGGGUCACCCUGAACACCUGGUACAUGUUAAACACCACACUUGGGAGUGUGUGUCCAGGGGGGGUCAAUGUAGGUGGUCAUUAAGGGUUUGAGUCAGGUCGGAGAGUAUAAGAAAAAAGGAAAAUAAUUGUGUGGAAUGAUGACAGUGAAAAGCAAAGUCAAGAUGAAUAAGCCAGGUUCAGGAAAAGGGAUGACCUAUCUCAAAUGUGUGUGUGUGCGCGCACGUCUGUGUGUUGUGUGUGUGCGUCUGCCUGUGUAUGUAUAACUGUAAACUGUGUUUGAGGUCCUAGAUAAUGCCUGAUAAUGCAAUCAGAA